UCUCUGCCGCGUCAGCUGCCCUGCCCCCGACGCCACGCAGACAGAAGUGCAAGAUGUCCAAGCUUUGUACUUUUUACUUUUGUUUGAUUUUGUUUCUGCAAACUCUCGAUAGCCUUAUCGUUUUAAUUCACGCAAAUGAAUCAAACGACGAGGUUAAAAUUGAGGUCACCUUUCUGCCAGAAAACUGCACCCAGAAAUCCAAGAGAGGAGAUAUGCUGAAUGCGCAUUACGAUGGAUACCUUGCAAAGGAUGGAUCUCAAUUCUAUUGCAGCCGUUCGACAAAAACCGGCCACCCACACUGGUUUGUGCUAGGCGUUGGAGAGGUCAUUAAGGGCCUCGACUUAGGGCUGAAAGACAUGUGUCCCGGUGAGAAACGAAAAAUUACAAUUCCCCCUUCUCUGGCGUACGGCGAGAAUGGAAAAGCUCCUGUGCCACCAAAUGCAACAGUUAUCUUUGAAGUGGAGCUUUUGUACAUUUCCAGAGGACCACGCAGCAUAGAAGCCUUUAAUGAAAUUGACCUUGACAGCGACAGGGCCCUCACAAAAGAAGAGAUUAAAGCGUACUUGCAAAUGGAGGCAAAGAAGUUAAAUACAAAGAAAGACGAAUCCUAUUUUGACGAUGUGGUGGCAGAUGUCUUCCAUAGGAAUGACCACGAUGCUGAUGGGACCUUAUCGUUAAAGGAGUACAAUGUUUAUGGGCAUGAUGAACUGUAGAAGCUGAUAAAAGUGUUUUGCUUAGACAAGACAUUUUUAUGCAGCUGGUACACUGGCCUUUUUUUUUUUUUUUUUUUUUUUUUGCCAGAACCGUAUUUGAUAAACGAUUCCUCUAUGAUGAAUACCACUAAAUAAACGCAAUUAAAAAGUUUUGUAAUUGGUUUCCCUAUGCAUUUGAAAAGCACUAAUUUCUUUCUCUGUAUCUGCAAUCUCUUAUCUCUUUCAAUUCAUCACAAACCAGCUUUCUGCAGACGAUUAAGGGCUUUUUCUGUGGUUUUGAUGUUGUAUUUCAAAUAAAAAAAUACAUAAAUGCA